AUGCCCGGCUCCAUCGUCGGCACGGCCGACGUCUCGCGCGUCGAGGCCCCCAUCACCGUCAAGGCCUACCUUGUCUGUGCCUUUGCCGCCUUUGGUGGUAUCUUCUUUGGUUAUGAUACAGGAUGGAUGGGUGGUGUCCAGGGCAUGCCCUACUUCAUCAGCAUGUACACCGGCAUGCAAUACGACUAUGAGAACCACAGGCCUGUCGACGUUGACCCCAAGCGUUUCAUUCUUCCCGACCAACAAAAAUCUCUCAUGACCUCUAUCCUGUCUGCUGGUACCUUCUUUGGCGCUCUCAUUGCUGGUGAUAUUGCCGACUUCAUUGGCCGUCGUCCCACCAUCAUCGCCGGCUGCGGUAUCUUCUCUAUUGGUGCUGUCCUCCAAGCCGCUUCCACCAACCAGGAGGCGCUCAUGGUCGUUGGCCGUCUGAUCGCCGGUCUUGGUGUUGGUUUCAUCUCGGCCAUUAUUAUCCUCUACAUGUCCGAGAUCGCCCCCAAGAAGGUCCGUGGUGCCAUGGUCUCGGGAUACCAGUUCUGUAUCACCAUUGGUAUCCUGCUGGCCAACUGUGUCGUCUAUGCCACCCAGAACAGGAACGACUCGGGAUCGUACCGUAUCCCCGUGUGCAUCCAGUUCCUCUGGGCCAUCAUUCUGGCCAUUGGUCUGUUCCUGCUUCCCGAGUCGCCCCGUUACCACGUCAAGAAGGGCAUGCUCGACCAGGCCGCCAAGGACCUUGCCGUCAUCCGUGGCCAGCCCGUCGACUCGGACUACAUCAAGGACGAGCUCGCCGAGAUUGUCGCCAACAACGAGUACGAGAUGGCCCACAUUCCUCAGACUAGCUACAUCGGCUCGUGGACUGCGCUCUUCAAGGGUUCCCUGUCCAAGGGCAACAGCAACAUCCGUCGUACCCUCCUCGGUGUCGGUAUGCAAAUGAUGCAGCAGCUCACCGGUAUCAACUUCAUCUUCUACUUUGGUGUUCCCUUCUUCCAGCAGCUCGGUACCAUCAAGGACCCCUUCCUGAUGGGCCUGGUCACGACCCUGGUCAACGUUUGCUCGACUCCCAUCUCGUUCUGGUCAAUUGAGAAGUUUGGUCGUCGUUUCCUCCUCAUCUACGGAGCCAUGGGCAUGAUCGUUUGUCAGUUCAUCGUCGCCAUUCUCGGUGUCACUGCUGGCCGCUCCGACGCCAACAACUCCAGCGCCACCUCGGCCAUGAUCGCCUUCAUCUGCAUCAACAUCUCGUUCUUCGCCAUCACCUGGGGUCCCACCGCCUGGGUCAUCGUCGGCGAGACCUUCUCCCUGCCCAUCCGCUCGCGCGGUGUCGGCAUCUCGACCGCCUCCAACUGGUUCUGGAACUGCAUCAUCGGCAUCAUCACCCCCUACAUGGUCGGCGAGAGCGACGGCUCGGCCGGUCUGGGCUCCAAGGUGUUCUUCAUCUGGGGCAGUCUGUGCUGCGGCUCGCUCGCCUUUGCCUACUUCCUCGUCCCUGAGAUGAAGGGUCUCUCCCUGGAGCAGGUCGACAAGAUGCUCGAGGAGACCACCCCUCGCAAGUCCAAGAGCUGGAUCCCGACCUCCACCUUUGCCGCCGACAUGGGCCACACCCACGGCGAGAAGGGCGGCAUUGUCGCCACCGAGGUUCCCAAGGAGGAGACUGUCUAA